AUGAAGCUCGAAACAAAAAACACGAAUGAAACCUGCAUUCCUCACAUAGCUCAGCCAUGUGAGCGUGAGUCACCGCGGACAUUAAAGGCUGCACUUAAAUCCCUUCAGAGAGACGGAGGUACUGAAAACGACAAUCAGAGGAGAAGGGACGCCACAUGAAUAUCAGGCUUUAAGCUGCUGUGUGGGAAGUCCAAAAAAAUCAGAAAAAUGUCAGACUGUGGAGCUUAAAUAUAACAAAGACCAAAAUAUUAUUGACUGGGACAUUUUUAGUUUACUUGCACUCACUGUUUUUACACCAAUACAUUUAAGAAAAGGCAAAUACCCAAAAAUUGUACUCUGUCAUGAGGUUUAUUGGUAUAGUGUAGUCUAGAUAUACAAGUAAACAUACAGUUUUAAGUGUAAAUUACUAAAUCAAAUACAUUGAGUUAAUUUCUUGUUCCCAGGAGACAUCAGCAACAAAGUUAAAGACUGUCAAAUUUGCCCCUUUAAUAGGAAAAUCACCAUUAGAAGCAGCAUGCAAAGUUAACUACAGUUUCCUGCAGAACGGUUCGACUCUGCUGCAAAAUUUAGCUAAUUUUAACAAACUCCGACUUAAGAUCUCAUCUUCGUUUACAGAGAUAUUUAACUUUGCCAAAUUAUCUGACAAAUUUUGAGCUGUAGCUAAGUUACGCCUUGUUUCUCCCUGCAGAUUCUGAUCAACUGAGCAUAACUGACCAGCAUCCGCCGUGGUGUCUACAACUACAGGAGACAUGCACCUCAGAAGACUUCAUGUAAGAAAUAGUGGAAUAUCCCUUUAACAGCUGAUUUGGACCAGCAGAAUCAAGGUAAUGAUUCUUAGUUUAAUCAUGUUUUCCCUCAAAUACGUUUAUCUCUCAUCUUGCACGCUCUUUAUUUGUCCCCUUUGAAAGAAUACACACACAGUUUAUUUCCUCCAUGUUUGAACUGCUUCUGUAGGGCCAGUCUGCAUCUGUGUUUACCAUGACGGAGAGGAGGAGUGCAGCCAGAGAUCAACAGACAUCUGCUCCACUUUCAGCCUUCACUAUCAGGUCAGGAGGAGAGCAGAUCGCAGAUCAACUUCUACUGUACCUGAGGGACAGAUAAGAGCAAGUCACAGGAAUUCAGACGACUCUAAUCAUAGGUUUCCUCUCUCUCUGUGGAAUGCGGAGGAACUAACCGAGAGUCUGUAGAUGUAUGUUUACUCUUGGGGACCUAAAAAGAAGCAUAUGAGAGAGAGAAGGAGAGAGAGGCAGGAAAUGAAGGAGGGACUAAACUUGACAGAGAUGGAUGUGGGAAGCCUCAAUUUAUCUCUGAGGCUUUCACUUACACGUCCACUUAAAUACAAAGAUGGAAAGAGAGAAGUGCAGCCUGUGGAGAGGGAACUCAGCAUUUCUUGAAAGAAUUUCUUUCAGGUGUAUAAGAAUAAAUCAAAACGAGAGAAAUCUUUCAGUUCAUCCAGUUCUGGAUUUGCAUAAAUAUCCAACUCAACAGAUGGACUCUGCAUCAAAAGACAAAUUCUUGGAUCUCAAAUGUUUGAUUUACCAUUACAGUCUAACAGGAACUGACAAGAGCAGAUGAACUUUAAUGACCUGAACAAUUUUUUUGAGGAGAGUCACGCUGCAAAUCUAUAAAGUUCAAAACAAACAGAGCAGAUGAAAAAAAAAAAAGUACCGCAAGUGGCAAAACAACCGUAUUUACAGUUAACAUGAUGAGAGCCGGUUCCUACUGGACCACCUGAUCUGAAACGAAAACCCUGCUUUUACAUAGUAAGAUGGAUCACAAACAACUUGAGCAUGAUCAUGUGGUCUUUGGUAGGGAUGGGAAUCGAGAACCGGUUCUUGUUGAGAACCUUUUCCAAAUGGUUCAAUCCAUCGACAUCAUUUGCAUUUUAUCUAAACGAUUUGUUUCUACCGGGUGCCUUGAAAAAUGGUCUCGCGAGAGCCAGUCUAUUUGGACGAGAACAGAGACUUUGAGGGAAAAAACAUGGCAGACGGUACAAAAGGUUGGCAGAACGAUAAAGCGUGGCUUCAUUUUACUUAGAAAGACGACAACAGCGCAACAUGCAAUGUUUGUUGAGUAGUGAUAAUGUGCAAACACCAGCAACAUGCUUAAACAUUUGUCAACAGGGCACAGCAUCAAAUAUAAGGAGUCACAAGUAUUCGAUGCUCUUCGCUGGUUGUCAGCUGCUGCUCCAUCUCAGCACAACAUGGAAGAUAUUUAUGUCUUGUGUUAACAUAAGCACAAUGCAGGCCAGACGCAACAACGUAUUAUGUAUUUCACUUACUACCGACCGAGUAAAUGCUGUAAAAAUAGUGUCGAUUGAUUAUUUUUAGACUCUCACAGAAGGGGGCAUACAUCUUUUUUUGUUAUACAUUUUUGAUAUAACGGUGAAAACUUAGUCUACUUUUUUUUAAAUCAAAGAAAGCCAUUUUUAAGGGAAUCGUUAGAGAAUUGAACCAAUAAGCAGAAUUGAUAACAGCAUUGAUAUUGAUAAAAUCUUAAAAAUCCAUCUCUAGUCUUUGGAGAUUUGAAGUAAGCCGUUGAUUUUUAUGGAUAAAAUGUAUCAUUUAACAGAUGAACAGUUAGCAAAAGCUCAAGUGAAAAUCCAGCCUUAAAAAUUAAAUCAAACCUGAGCUGAAAUCCAAAACUUCAAAGUAAAACGAAAACUUCAAAACUUUUGUUACUUGAGUUACGAUGAAUCUAUGGGACGAUUUCUUCCAUUUUUUAAACUCAAUGCCCCCACAGAUAUUUUCUUUAUAGACGGGUAGGAGCCAGCUCAGACAUAAAGAAAUAAAACCUACUGUACUUUCACUCUUUCUAUUUCAUUAUGUAUCCCCCCAACACCUACACUGGAACAUCCACUCCACUGUACACCUCUGCUCGGCACCUCUGGGAGGAUUAUGUUGGAGUUACAACAGAUUGAAUCUCACCUAACAGGUUGUGUUUGAACCCACAGAGCAUCCUCAGCACAGAUGAAGCAGAUUCUACCUUUGAAUUGUUCAACAAACACUCAUAUUUUAUCUGCUUUCCAAACUGUUUUGUGUUUUUUGAACUGCUCAGCCUCUGUUCUCUGACCUCUUUUCCACCCACCGCUCUCAGUCGAGCCGAUUCCCCAUCAAUAAGAAAGUAUUUUUGUUGAGUUUCCUCCUCUUUCUGCAGCUCCGUGGGUGUAUGAAUCUCCUGUGGCAGUGCCUUAUAGGUCCACUCUGCUCUCCUGAAUGAUAUGAGGCCUGCCUUCUUCAGCAGAAGCAGAUAAGAGCUUAAUGCAUUACCCCGCACAGCAGCCUACAGAAACGGCCACAUAAAUCACAUCCUGCUUGUACCUGAGUGUUGACUGUGUGUUUGUGUGCACUACAAGUGGUGGUGGGUGUGUUUUAGAGGGGUUGGAAGUUUGGUGUAAUCACCAAACACACACACUCACACACUUGAUGAUAUAUCUCAAACACACGCCAUGCAGUUUGUUGAUGUUGGAUUGAUUUUUUUGUCCCAACAGCUUUCUUAAGAUAUACAGAAUCUAACCUCUGCUAUUAAUGAUCACGAUGAAAGAAGGAUCGUCAAUCAUGACGGAUUUCAACCAAAAGCAAACAUUUCAGGGGUCAGCUGGCUCAGAGAUCCAUAGGAGAUAGAGGCAAACACUGUAGACAGCUGAGAGUGUGUCCUGAAUGAAAAUGAGCCGACGGACGCCAGGAGAGCUGACAAGCAUCGUCUCUGUCUGUUCCUAAAGAUUCGACAAGCAAAAAGGUCACUUGAGUGCAGUAAACAUGAUGGAAAUUUAUAGUUCAGACACGCUCAGACUGACUGUGCUGGGCGUGUAAAUGCUUCACUACUUAUCAGAUCGAACGACGUAAGUGGAGGAACACGAUGGGGCUGUCAACGUAAAACACAAGAUCAUCAGCAAAGAGAGAUUCGUCUUUUGCCCAAAUUAAGCGUGAACUUCAAAAUGCUGCAAUUAUCAAUCAAGACCAUGUAACCACAGAUUCUCUUUUGCAAUAUUAACACACUAUUGCCAUUGUCUGAUAUGCAAAUGACACAUUGCAAGAUCAGUUAGCAGUGUAAUCGUUAUCGCAGCAUGAAAUUUAGUCUGAGACACUCAGUGCGUUUAUAUGCACAGCUUAAUCGGACUAAGCUCAUUAUUUUUUUUCUUUUCAGACCUCUCUCCUUGUCUGCAUACAUAGAGCUGAGAAAAUCAAAUUAUUGACGUGAACGUGUCCUCCUCCCCAAAACUAGGGGUCCUCUCAGUGGCGCUGUUUCCGACCCCAUACAACUGUCAACAACAACAGCAGGUCCGUGCCAGACGUCAGAAGUGUCUACAACUGCUGCUGGGCAUUUUCAAGCAAGAAGGUGGAGCAUACUACAGCAUUAUUUUUGUCGUACAUGAUGUAUGCGCUAUUUUUCUGCAGAUGA